AUGACCACAUUAGGUGUUGCACUAAGAGUGGAAACUUGGCUCUUAUCUACCUGGCAUGUGAAAGUACCAACUCGAUGGCUAGAAGCUUGUAUUGAUUGGAUUGAAAAAGGACAUCAUGGAAGCAAUUUGGCUCAGGCUGCUAUUAACAAGAAAGUUUUUGAGCAAUGGCUUCUUACAGAUCUCCGAGAUCUUGAAUACCCUGUUCUGCCUCAAUUCAUUUUAAAUGAUCCAAAAGGAGAAUUGAAUGGCUUUUAUUCAGUGCAAAUUGAUUCAGUUGUUGAUGUGAGUCAGCCUGCUUAUUCCCAGUUGCAAAAAAUAAGAGGAAAAAACACUGUAAAUGAGGAAGUAACUGCUUAUACACAGAGAUCCUUGAGGUCAUGGGAGGAAAAUCCUACUCGAAUGCUUCUGCUACAAAUAACUGAUGGUAUACAUCAUAUCCAAGGUAUGGAAUAUCAACCUAUUCCUCAACUCCAUAGUGGUCUACCUCCAGGUACCAAAAUUAUGAUACAAGGGAAAGUUGCAUUUCGUUUAGGUGUUCUUUUGCUUAAACCAGAAAAUGUGAAAUUAUUGGGAGGUGAAGUUGAUAGCCUUCUAGAGACAUUUGCUUUGGAGAGAGUGCUUGCCAGAUUAAUUGGAGAAGAAGACUGUAGUCCUAACAUUGUCAGGUCUGAUAUUGGUGAAAAUGAAAUUGCAAGGCCUGAUGAUGAAUUAGGGCUUUCUGAUGAAGAGCUUUUGGCAACUCUUGAAGAAAAUGAUGAAAUAAGGAUAAAUGAAGUUCCUCCUGAAAGUGGAUACUAUUCAAGAAGUACCAGUUUAAAUUCUACUGUGCCUUCUUUUCCUCAGAGCUUUGGAAACUGCUCACAACAAAGAUCUGCAGAGUCAAUUUCAAGAAAUGAAGAACUACAAACUGUUUCAGUUCUAGAAAAUAUGGAAGGCGAUUUUGAUGGAUUUUCAAUGGAUGACGACUUACUUUUAGUAGAAGCGAUACAGCAAGAACCGGUACAUGUUCUGAACACUAAAUCUAGUAUAAAUAAUGAAGCUGUUCAAGAAAAAAAAUCUAGUGAAAGAGCAAUGUAUAAUGUGUUUGAAGAAAGCACGGCAGUUUUUACUACAAAUCAUAAAAGACAGUACACCCAGAAUUUAGAUGGCAGUAAAAAAUCCUCUAAAAUUUCUAAUGAUGGAGUAAUAGACAUCAGUGCAGAAUUCGGAUUGUGUUCUGAGCAGGUAGAGAUGAUAAAAGUAAAGAAUAAAUGUCACAAAGUUGAUUUGGAUACUGCUCCUUUUACAUAUCUAUGUGUUCUGUUUAGUAGCAAGUGCAGAGAUAAUACUACUGUGACAAUCAAAGCAUUUAUAGUAACUCUUACAGGAAAUCUCACAAGCAGUAAUGGUUUCUGGAGUGUAACAGCAAAAAUAUCUGAUGGCACAGCUUAUCUAGAAGUUGAAUUUGCUGAUGAGAUUCUUACAAGCUUAAUUGGCUUUUCUGUGCCUGAAAUGAAGCAACUGAAGAAAGAUCCUGUCCUGUACCCAAAGCUUAAAGAGGGAUUACAGAAUUGUCAAACAGAACUAAUAGACCUCUGUUGCUUGAUGACUAUUGAAUUUAAUGUUUGCCAAACAAAAGGAAAAGUAAUAGUUUUGCAAGAUAUUAAUAUAAAUGAUUUGAAUCACUUAAAAAGACGCUUAUAUAUUUAA